UCCAUCCAUAGCACGUCCGCCAUGCAAGAGGGAGAAAUACUAAAAUUGGAAUUCCUCUCUCCGCACGCUAUCCUCCAACUGCCAUCUCCUAGAUCCAGGCCAUGCCUCGCUAGCUCUCAAUCCCUCGCAAUCGAUCUUGCUCCCCUCGUCGUCGCAGGUGAAUCGAUGGAUAGCAAUGUUGGUUUGUUGGGGUCAGACAUUCAUAUAACAAACAGGGACCCUUGUCAAUUUGAUAGACCAACUGGAGAGAAGGCAAAACCAAUUGCCAAAGUUGGUGGUUCAUCUAGACCAAACAAUAGGAGAUCAAAAAACUUUUCCACUGCUGAGGAUAGGAUGUUGGUGUCAGCAUGGCUCAAUACUAGUAUGGAUCUAGUUACGAGGACCGAGCAGCAAAGUGACUCGUAUUGGGCAAGGAUACAUCAAUAUUUCCAUCAACAGAAGGACUUCAUAUCAGACCGUAACCAAAAUUCUCUUAACAAUCGUUGGGGUUCCAUUAAAGAGCUAGUUAAUAAAUUUUGUGAACACUAUGAACAAAUUCUGAAUAGAAGGAAAAGUGGGAUGACUGCUGAAGAUCAUAUUGCUCAGGCUUGUGCUGCAUACAAAUUGGCAGAGGGGAAGCAUUUUUCUUUGAUCCACUGUUGGCAUUUAUUACAUCGUCAGCCAAAGUGGGAUAGUAGGUUUUCCCAGAAAAAGCAGAAGACUCAUGUCGACGCAAGUCCGAGCACAAACUCUAGUAAAUUUAAGUAUAACCCCGAGACAUCUAACCCUACAGUGAGACCACUGGUGAAGAAGGCGGAAAAGGAGAAACGAGGGCAAGAUAUUUCUUCUUCUUGUACAAGUGAGAGUAGUCAUGUUGUGGUUGCACUAAAUAACAUGUGGUCGGAGAAAAAAGUGAUCAGUCCUCAAGCUAGGGAGGAGAGAAAUGAUACUUAUACACAGGUUCUCACACUCGAAAGAGAGAGGUUGCAGAUAGAAAAAAAGAGAGUAGAACUUGAAAUGAGAGAAAGGGAAGAAAGAAUUAUGAACAUGGAUCUUAGUGUUCUGGAUGGGCCAAAAAAACAAUAUUACAUGCAUUUGCAGAAUGAGAUUCUAUCCCGAGGAAUGGAUUGAGUUGCUUGUGGCUACUAUGUUUAUUUAUUUGAAUACUUUGUAUUUUCUUAAUUCAAGACUCUAUUGUAAGAGAUUUUUUUAUGGAUAAUGUUGUUUCAGACUUAGUGGUGUUGCCUACAUAAUUGAAAUUACUUACA